AUGGCAUCUGCCAUUGAUAUGACUGUUCAACUAUCUUGGCUAGGAGGUAAUGAGCUGAUCAAUUUAAAAAGUAUUCCAUUAUUAAUCACGCAUGGCAUUCCAGGUCCUCCACAUCGAUUUUUCUUUGGUCAUUAUAAGACUAUUUGGUCAGUUCCACUGUUAACUUAUCAAUUGCAAACAUGGACUCGUCAAUAUGGUUCAAUUUAUGGUUUAUUUGAAGGUACUCGGCCAUUAUAUGUUGUUUCCGAUGUCGAAUUUCUUCAAGAAGUAUUUAUAAAACAAUUUUCAUCAUUUCAUUCACGACGUCUACCAUUCAUUCUUCGAAAGUCAACUGGAAAUCAUGUUCAUCUAUUAGGUGCUAGUGGAGCAAAAUGGUAUCGUCAACGACAAAUUAUUAAUCCAGCAUUUACGUCAGCUAAACUCAAAUUGAUGACACCAAUGGUUCAUAAAUGUGUCAGUUCAUUGAUGAAAAUAUUAGCAGAACAUUGCAAACAACAACAACAAUUUAAUAUUUACUUGCUCUACAAGAGAUUGACAAUGGAUGUAGUUUGUCAUUGUGCAUUUGGAACUAUUACAGACAUACAGAAUGAUAUUGAUAAUGAAUAUUUCAAGAAAGCUGAAAAAAACAUAGAAGAAAACUUAGAAAAAAAUCCAUUAAUUCGAUUGGGCCAUUUAAUGCCAUGGCUUAUUCCGUUACUGACUUAUGUUAUGAUUGUGCAAGUUCAAUUGAAACGUUUUGCACAUAAAUUCAUACGAAAUAUUGAAGAAAUGCCUCGAUUUUGGCUUUUAGAACGUGUAAAAGAUAUAAUUGAUAUUCGUACAUCUUCCUAUGAUAAUGACAAUGUAAAACGAAAGGUUGAUUUACUUCAACUAAUGCUUGAUACUGCGACAAGAGAACAAGUCAAGGUUAGUUUAUUGAUUCAUUUAGAAGAAUGA